AUGGGAUGGUUCUGGGCUGAUUCUCCUGCAACUGCUGCUGCAGCGUCGGGUAUGAGAAAUGCUCCUCACGCCUUGCCCAAGGAUAGCAAUGCCACUCCGCCUCCAUCAUGUCCUAUGCACAAACCCAGCGCAGAUGCUCUGAAGCCUGUGGCAAAACCUCCAACAUCAUCACCCGAAUCCGCCUGCCCAUAUACGCCCGACAACGUCUCUCAAGAAUCUAAAGCGACGUCUAAAUACUCCAAAUACAACCCUUUAAAUUACAUGUUCCCGGACUUAUCUCAAGAGAGAGCGAAGGAUCAGACUAUUGCAUUGCCAACUGAAAGAGAGCCAUCUACGAUACCUAAAGGCACUGGGGAUGGUAACUGGGAGUAUCCUUCGCCACAACAAAUGUACAAUGCUCUUCUGCGCAAAGGAUAUACUGAUACGGAUGCGACCGCCGUUGAGAGUAUGGUAUCAGUUCACAAUUUCUUGAAUGAGGGUGCUUGGGCUGAAAUUGUAGAAUGGGAACGAAGAUUUGGUAAAGGGUUGUUGAAGGGCUGGGAGAAUUGCAGGAGAGGAGAAGAAGGUUCCAAGGCAGGAGCAGAGAUUGGUGCAAAUGAAGAUGAAGUGCCCCAGCCCAAAUUAGUUCGAUUCAUGGGCAGACCGAAGGAGAUGACACCAAAGGCUGCGAUGAUUCAAGCCAUGGGUUGGGCUUUUCCGGAAAAAUAUGGCACUGAGCCACCAUUCGAUCGACACGAUUGGUUUGUCCAAAGAGAAUACAAUGGCCAGAAGAAGGAAGUUAGAUACAUCAUCGAUUAUUAUUCGGGGGGCGAAGAACCCACUGGAGAACCCAUAUUCUAUCUGGAUGUUCGACCCGCCCUCACUCCGACGCAAGCUGUAGAGCGCAUGAUGCGAUGGAGUGGUGACGUCUGGUAUCGCGCAUCAGGUGCUUCCGUUAGAGAGAACAUCAAAAAGAAUUAG